GAGAGGACUUCGCUGUGUGUAGUCGCCGUGUGUUGUGCUGUGCAGCAAACGGAGUUACCGAAAACAGGUAGAAAGAAGAAAUAAGUGGCUUACCUACAUUUCACCGUCGCGGCGUGUGUGAUUCGCAUAUCCAGUGAAAGAGGUUGCGAGAAAGAAAGAUCCGCUUGACGGAGGCUUCGAAGACUGGUUGCGGCUCGGGUCUGCUCCGCGGUGUACAUUCUAAGGUUUCUCCUUGACGCGGUUUCUUAUUGGAGUGUGCAAGGAAUACAGUGGUUCCGUGGAAAUGUGUUAGUACCGCGGCCUGGGAAGAUAAGACGCGCUAGACUAGCUUGGCUGGAGCAUCUCAGCCAAGAACGAUCGAAAACAGCGUCAUCACAAAAACCUGCAUACCUGCAAGAUACCAUAGAUGCCAUAUAUGAAAAUUGAUUGAGGAAAACAAGACAUUUCUGCGGUCAGGUGAAACGACUCCUCAUGCGAGGAAUGAGAGGAAAAGGGGUUGCUGGGUUGUUGGAUCAUGGUGACGCGAUGCUAUGCACCUAAAACGGCCGGACGCACUUGGUUGCAGAUAUAACGUGUCGAAUGCAAUUAGGCGAAAUAUGUCGUUUAACCCAAUUUUCGUAAAGGUUUAACGUAGUGGCGGAUGCUAAGCGAUUCUUUCCGGUAGUGAGAAGGAGCCUUGGAAUUGUGUUGUGUGAACAAAGGUUAAUCUUGAAGUGCCCCUUAAAAUUGCAACAAGUGCACUAGGAUAAAAGUUAAAAUCGACCAAGUUACCUGAAACCCCGUGUGUGUUAGAUCCAAGCUCAUAUGUUCGGAUAGUCAGUUAUUGUCGAAUUUUUUUCACUCACUUCACUCCGCCGUGCACGCAUCGAGCCAGCAGCGAACGGAUCAUAAUUUCUUCAGAAACUUUCACAUUUUCCAUUUACGUGUGAUUACAUUACAUUGCGCAGUCGCGUACAAAAGCUGUAGCAGUUUUGCGGAUUUUAUCUUCCAUUUUUUCGUAUUCUUCAUUUUUGCUGUCUUCGUGUUGGUACUGAACGCGCAAUGCCCAACUUAUGAUCAGGACACUACAUCUAAAGGAUCGUCUCUUCGCUUUCUUGAUGGACGCUUUGGAAACCAUUUUGGAAGAUGAGAUAUUUCUGUAUUCUACAUGAAACAAUUCAUCAAUUCAUUUAUUACCUCAAAUUUCGGGUGUUCAGUUUUCGUCCAGUGGCCGAGUGAAUGAAUGAAAUAAUGCGGUCAGAUUUGAAUCGUGAAGUGUCAAAAGUUUAAAAAUUUUGAGUACCUUUAUUUAGACCGAAAAAUAUUUAUUUAUUCUUUAGGAGAUAAGCUAUAAAAAGGAUUUAGCACAAUGAAUGGUUGGAGUUUAGUAUCAUGGCUCUGCUGCGCAGCAAUUGUUUACGGUGCCAAUGAACCACUAUCCGUAUCACAGAUAUCACCAAAAUCUCAAAGUGUGGUGGCGCCUCUUGAUCAAUUCCAGACAUUCACGACACUGAGUUCGUCUAGCAAUUACGCUUCAUUAGACCUGGAUAACCAAUCAGCAAAUAAUGCGGCUAAAUCAAAAGUUCUUAAACGAAUUGAACGAUCUGCGUUGCCGAUAAUUAACGAAUUCUCAUCGAAACCGAGUUUGGAUGUAGAAGAACGUUUCAACGACUUAGAUACGAACGAUGUUGAUGUAUCUGGCAGAUACUUCAAUUACAUCAAACCGACAGCAACUUUCGAUAGCCCUGUGGGUGAUAGUGAUGCAGGUGGUAAUGGGGCUGGUGAGAUCACACAGAGCCAGCGUAUGGGCAAGGACCUUUCGGAUGAAUCAGCCGAUUCUUUUUUAUUGAAAGGGGGUCCUCGACCGCUUCCGUCGGGGUCCCCAUUAUCUACGACGAUCAGUCCGACUACUGCAUCGCAGAUGACACCGGCUGCAACAUCCGUUAAUUCGAAUCAACCGAGGCAGAAGCCAAAUCCUGAUAUUCAGGACAUUAUUACAGGAAUUGUAAAGUUGCUAAAUGGAAAUGUGAAUGUUCAUGCAAAUACGCAGGGAAUACGUAGGCCUGGUGCAAGCAGAAUUAAUAACCGAGGUCCACCAAGGAUUUCCGAGGCACAACCAAUUCCAAUUGAAUAUGAAGGACAAAAAAUUUUAGACUCAACUUUGCGCCCACCUCCAUUUUCUUAUGAUCGGCCGGAGGGUCCGAUUAGGCCAUACAUAACUGGCGUGCCCCUUCCUGAACAAAUUGUGCCUGCAAUGAACCAAAAUUACAGACCUGGCUUUGUCAGUCAAAAUAAACCUCCUUGGCAUAGACCACGACCUAGGCCUCCAAUUGGUGGGCGACGACCGAUUCCACCUUAUAAACCUAUUCCACCUCUGAUAGAAUAUCAUCCAGAAGACGAAAUCCAAUUCACUACAUUAGAAGCUGAAAGCAAUGAAACAGUAGAUAAUCAUGCAACUGACACCACUAUGGAUGCUAAUGACAAUGAUGGCGAAGGAGACAUAACUCUCCCAUCAGCAUCCACAGACUCUAAUGAGGACGCGAUAACAACUCAAGAAGUUCCAGUGAAGAAAGAUGAGUAUAUGAAGAAAAAGGACACUAAAAUUAAAUCGUCCGAUAAGAAAGCCCCAAUCGCCCAAACGCAGCCAGCUUUCCAACCCACAAUGACCACUAUAAUCAGUUCAACAUCUAUAGUAAAUACAACACAAGUUAUAGCAUCAACAGUUCUGGAUCAGAAUGCCUUUGAAAUUGAACCUUCAUUAACACUGGAAACAUCUGUUGAAGAAAUAAUGUCGUCGUCAACGUCAAUUACUACCCCAACGCCUGUCCUUGAGGAAUCUCAAACCACAACGUCGUCACCUAGCACUCCAAGUUCAUCUUCUAUUGAAUCUAGCACUACCACUACAUCACUAAUUACUCCAACACCAUCAAUACCAUCUAUAACAUCAUCCUUCUCAGAAACUAGUAAACUGCUUCCGAAACCAGAAACACCACCACCAGAAACAACUCCUGCAACAAUCGAUUAUCAUCCUCGGCCUGGCAUUGUUUUGGACGAUCCAGAAUUUAAGCCAGGUGGAGGGGGUCAUCGACCAAAUCAGCGGCCACAGCGUCCUCCAGUGCAACCUACACGUCAUACACCACCUCCUGGUUAUGGUGAAAUUUUUGAUGUGACUCUUUCAGCUAUCCAAGGCCCAGGGUCGGGAAGCGGAUCCAAACAAACUAUUAAUAUUAAACCACAUGGUUAUCCAUAUGGUAAUGUUGAGAAUGGAGAUAUAAUUGUAUCGCCAUCGGGUGACGAAGGAUUUGUGUCGAUAGAUGGAAAGAGAACAUAUAUAAAUUUAUUCGGUGAAUCUACAGAAGCUCCAACCCACUUACCAACUGCUACACCUUCGGUCCCAGCAAGUAAGCUACCUCUAUCUCCGGGGAUAACUGGCACGGGGUAUGCAGUUCCAGAAGCAGACCCGCCUGUUUCGGUGGCACCUUCGAAGACAAUAAAACCUCAUAUUACACCGACCCAUCAUCCUUCACAGCGGCCGCAUUAUCGACCGAGGACAACCCAGCCUCCUGUUCGAAUCGACACAUGCAUUGUAGGUGAUGAUUCUACUUGCGAUCAAGCUCAAAAUGAAAAAUGCAAAACCGAGAAUGGAGUUUCUAGUUGCCAUUGUAGACCAGGGUAUUCUCGGAGAAAACACCGAGAACCCUGUAGGAGGGUUGUCUCUUUCUUUAUGAGCUUAAGAGUGGACAGAAUUUAUGAGAGAAGAAUCAUAUGGGAUAAAAUGCUGCUUGAUCCUAAUAGUGAGCCGCAUUCGCAUUUAAGUUACGAGAGUGUUCGAGCGAUUGAUUCUGCGAUGUCUAUGACUCCAUAUUCGGAUGAGUUCAUGGAAGCGAAGGUUAAUAAUAUUUAUCGAGGAGAUCCAAGCCAAGGAGCUGCUGGCGUAUUUGUUAAUCUAACAUUGAAGCUCGAGGAGAACGCCGAAACUUUGCGACCCAACCUCCGAUCAGAUAUUCAAAAACAUUUGUUAGGAGUAAUUCAUCGGCGUAAUAAUAACAUCGGAAAUUCUGUUCUCUAUGUCGAAUCGCCACCUGGAUCGAUUUCCCACCUUCAGGAUCUCGAUGAAUGUCAGUCACGAGAACUGAAUGAUUGCCACGUAAACGCUCAGUGUAUGAACUUUUGGGGCAGUUUCAGAUGUCAGUGCGAACCAGGUUUCCGUGAUCCUUGGUCCGAUCAACCCCAACGCGCCGGACGCGAAUGCCAAUCAUGUCCACAAACAUACUGCAAUAAUCGAGGUAUCUGCAAUUAUGAUGCAGAUGGUGCUCAAAUUUGUACCUGCGAUGGGAGCUUCUACGGAUCCCAGUGCGAGAUCGACGGAGAAGUUCUUGGAGUAGCAAUUGGUGCUUCUGUGGCUGCAGUAAUUAUAAUUGUUCUAACUUUGAUUUGCCUGAUAAUGUGGUCGAGGAAGUGGCAUCGGGAACAGAAAAAUGCCAUGGGGUCCCCAGUCUUUGGAUACAUGGCUACAGCUCCGGUAAAGGCAGCAGCGAUGGGGCAAACCCCGUACCAAGUGACCUUGGAGGACCGAAUGAGAUGGGCGCAGAUUGCUGACGUGAUGGCUCAGGCAAAUCAUUAUGCGAAAUUUCAGGCUGAACCGGUGGCAUCGACCAGACCGUCCUCUGCGAUGUUUGGGUAUCCAACCUUGCAAUCGAUGGGUGCUAUAGGUGGAAUGUCUAUAGCUGGCACACUUCCCAUUCAUCAGGCUCAAAUGCCUCCAGUUCCUCUACCAAGGUUGGGACUCAGUUCACGAUCUAAUGGAAUGAGGACCCUGGACAAUUCAAGCUCGAGCGAAGAGGAAGACCGAACUGACUUGCUAGGACGAAAUUUCCAAGUACCAAGGCCCAAAAGUAGAAGCAACGGUAGUAUAGCUAACCAAUCUGGUAUCUAUUACGAUGUUGAAUAUGAACCUACGGGCGUUGAGAUGUAUGGCAACUCAACAACGUCGCUGGCAAACACAAUCCCAGGGCCGCAGGGCAUCCCAAUGAGCACGUACACGUCGGGAAGGGCACCAUCAACGUAUUAUAUGAAAUAA